AUGGCACUGACGCAAGUCUUCGACUACAUGAUCACCUACGGGGUAUCAUAUGGUUAUGUUGCUGCGGGCCGGUGCUUGCUACUCCUCUACGUUGACAGAGAUGAUUGGCAAACGCUGUACUGUCAUCCGUGCCUGCCGGCCGACGAUGUGGGCGAGCCGACCAACGACUGGACCGACCGGCUAUCCCACACCGCAGUGGCUCAACUAGUCAGCUUCUGCCUGUCCAGCUUUCAGUCCGAAGCUCUCGAGGGACAAUCUCUCGAAACAGCACUGUCUGUAGCCAAGGCGACACUGAAAACAUGGCCGGAGCCAUACGCGGAUGUGGCCAAUCUUGGGCUGGAGCCCGCCGAGUUAUCGUCGGCGCCGUCGUCGCAGAACACGGACAUCUCAGAGUUUACGUCCAAAGCAAAACCGACCGGUCGGAAUGUGGCCUUGCGGUCUCGGUCGUCUUGCAAACCGGCAGCGGUACUCCCCCCAGGCAACGAGCAUGACGAACACGACGAAGAGGACCAUUCGAAACCCGGCGCAUCUCGCUCAAGGCUGGCGGCUAACAAGCGGAGGUGCGGUCCCUCGAGUGGUGACGAGGACGAGGAUAUCGCCAUGGCUGACCCGGUGCCCACCAGGCAAUACUGCACACAAGCGUGCCUAUUAGGUCUCAAGAGAGGGAAAGAUCUGGACGAGAAUUGCCCCAAUGUCUCAUUGCAUCGCUUCGAUAGCUCCUCUCGGCAUCCCGUCAAUGCCCAUCGUUUUACCGAUAUGGUGGAGCAGCAGCUUCUCUUAAGUCCCUACAAGGGAUGCCGGAUAGUGGACUUCUGGGGCAAGAGAGGAGCGAUGGGCUGGCUUUUUAAGCUGGAGCUUCUUCCAUACAGCUACACAUUUGUUGGCAAAGGAACACUGGAGGGCCGCCUCCGUCGUUUGGAGCACGAAGGCCGGGUCUACGCACGGCUUGAUCAUCUUCAGGGCGAUGUGGUACCGGUGCAUCUGGGCCUCGUGCGCCUCGAUCGUGGCUACAUUCUCCCGGGGUUCGAGUUUGUUUUUCACAUGAUGCUCAUGUCGUGGGCGGGCCAGACGCCAAGCGCUAGUAUGGACGACGCCGAGACGCUGAAGAGCGAGUCAUUGAAGGCCGUCUGGAGGGAGGGUGUUGAUCAUGGGGAUGACAAUAGGGCUAAUUAUCUCUGGAACGCCGAGCGUCGUCGCAUGAUGAUCAUCGACUUCGACCGAGCCCGCCUCUUCCCACCUCCCAAGCCUCGAGCGGUUUCCAGGCUCCCAGAACCGAAGAGGAAGCGUGAUAAUAGUUCCGAGAAAUAA